GCACCCAGUCCAGCAGGAGCAGAGGGCACCGCCACGGCCUCUUUUGAGCAGAAUGGCACAGACUGGGCUCGAGGCCGCGUGCCCCUCUCAAAGCGGCCACAAGAUUCAGCCAAGCGAUACCACCUGGGAUUCCUAUGCCACCACCAUGAGGACUGCAUACACGCCCAAGACUGGAGCCGUGCCUCCUUUAAUUCGCCAAAAAAGUAUCAGAAGACUAGGAUAUACAUAUUCACUUAGUGACCCUAUUCCCAAUCAGACACAGUACAAUGAUGAGUAUGUCUGGAAAACAUAUUCUAAAGAAGAUUGGAUCAAAAACGGGACUUCAGGAGGAAUCAGGAGACACAAAUCUCACCCCAGUCAAGACUUCUUUCUCUGGACACUACCUCAAGGUCAACCAGCAGCAUCAAUUAAGAGCUACCUCCCUUGGAAAAUCGCUACAGAGGAAAAGGUUAGGAAGGCAAUAUCAAAUCAGUUUAUUUCCAAUACUAGAAGAGACUUUGUGGACAGAGCAAAAGCUCAGAAGAUUAAGGAAAGUUCUCCCAUGUCUCUGGAACGGAAAAAGUUACUUCCCCGACCUACAGACACUGAAUUUCGACGGAAUUACCAAGUUCCAGCUAAAAUUCCCGAGUUGCAGGAUUUUAGUUUCAAAUAUGGAUGCUACUCAAGCCUACCAGUUGCUUCUCAGGGUCUAGUCCCUGCUGUGCUAUACAGCCACAUGAGGAUUCAAGAACGCAAAAGGAAGCAGACUACAUACCAAAGCGAUUAUGGAAAAGCCUAUCUGGAUUUCUUAACGAUUUUAAACUCAUUUACUCCCUCUCAAGUCACAGAGUACCUUCAGAGUGUUUCCUACAAAGACAGACAAAUUCUCAAUCGCUUUAUCCGUUCUCACUGUGACUCUGGCAUGGGACAGAAAAAUAAAGGAAACAGUUGAAAUGAAAAAUAUUGAAAAUCAAAAAAAGCACUGGAUCAUUUCCUCAAUAAUGAAAAAAAAUAAGAUCCAAAUUGUUCCAAAUAAUAUA